UUAACAUGAAAGAUCCAUAGAAUGGGGAUAUUUGGAAAUGGUGCGCUCAGUUUUGGCCACUGGUUUGGAUCCAGACGCCAAAGUAGUCAAAGCAGACAGAAUGAUCAGGCGCGCCGAUUUCGAUUCAAGUUUCUUAAACGCUUUCGUUCCUCUGGCGGAUCUAAUCAGACUCCCCCAACAUGCCCAAUCUCAAAAAACUUCGUUGACGCACUCGCAGAAGAGGACUUGCUUGUUCCAGGGUCAAGUGACCACCCAGCCCUCAAUAUUUGUGUAGGGAUUCGGGAUGAUGAACUACAACAUUAUAGGAGGCUAAGAUACAGGUCUUACGGAAGAUCCAGAUGGGAUGACGUUUUUGCCACCCCUGGCGUACGCAAAGUUGCUCUAGAAAUGGAUGCCAAUGAACCAAUAAUUGACGAGCUCCCCGCCUCGCUUUGGCUUAAUUGUGUUGAUCCCAUACUUCCCGCUCUCAUUUCUCUCAGUGCAAUGCAGCGGCGCAGAACAAACCUUACUAAAUCCAGGCCCUCAGCAACUCCAGUGCAAGAUCCAAAUGAAGUAUCUACAGAUCAUGGUGAUUUGGACCGAGGGCCUCCAUGGUUAAAUGUCAUUGGUCCUCAAAAUGUCCACAUCAUUUUCCUAGUAAAUCUUCCUGCAACUGCAGAAGUACGACCAACAGAUUUGCUUGGAAAUGAAUUCUAUAUGGAGAAGAUGCGGAUGUUUGAUAUCGUCACGGCAAGGAGGGGGCGCAAGAAUGUACGAUCGAAAUUCACUAAUAUUACUCGAUCACGUGGUGUUAACUCGUUGAUGAACACGGACCAAUCAAAUAACGAGGAAGAAGAGGAUGGGAGUUACCAAUCUGAAUCGGAUUCGGGAAACGAGGGAAAUUAAGAUCUGAUCCAAGGUCUCUUUGACAAUAGUGCAUGAUUUUUGUCGUUUAAACAAUAACAAAAUAGAAAUAAAAACAAAACUCUGAACAUUAUGUAAUUACAUGUGUAUAGUAUUUGAUUCAGCUUUUGUUUAAGUUGCAUACAUAUAAUAUGUAUUUCUUUCAUCAGUGUUUUUAAAUUCAGAUGAUCAAUGUUCUACUCGCUAUAUUUUUCUUUAUAUUCAAUAAAUUUAUGCAAAUUGA